AAGCUUUAAAGCGGCCGUGAUGCCGGCUUGGCGCUGACGGUGCUGCGUGAGGUGAACAUGUCCGAGGCGGCGGGGCUGCUCCGGCUGCUGCUGUUGGCGGCGGUCGCCGCCGCGACUCCCGCCCUGGUCUCCGCUUCACGACUGCCCCGCGGUAGCGUCAGCGAAGCCGAAGGGGUCUCCUGUCAGCAGAGCCGGGCUUUCCAGGACAACCUGACCGAACACACGCACGAGUAUCGGUUUGUGGACCUGAGUGGAUCUGUGACAUUGGCAUGGGUUGGUGAUGGAACUGGUGUUCUCUUGGCAUUAACAACUUUCCAGUUGCCGUUGUUGGGCAAACACUUUGGACAAUCACAGUUGUACAGAAGUGAUAAUUAUGGGAAGACUUACUCUGAUAUUACAAAGCUCAUCAAUAAUACAUUCAUUCGUACUGAAUUUGGAAUUGCUAUUGGUCCUGACAACUCUGGAAAGGUGAUCCUUACUGCUGAUGUUUCUGGAAGGAGUAGUGGUGGGAGAAUAUUUAGAUCAAGUGAUUUUGGAAAGAAUUUUGUCGCCACAAACCUUCCUUUCCAUCCACUAUUGCAAAUCCUUUAUCAUUCAGAGAAUUCGGAACAUCUGUUGGCAUUAAGCAUCGAUAAUGAGUUGUGGUUUUCCCCUGAUUUUGGUGAAAUAUGGAGAAAAAUACAUGACUUUGUAUGCCUUGUGAAGUGGGGGCCAAAAAAUAGAGUUUUCUUCACUACCCACCUGAAUGGAUCUUGCACUGCAAAGGGUUUGUUGGAGCUCAAACGAACAGAUGAUUUUGGAAAUACUUUCAAAACUAUUGCGUCAAAAGUUUACUCAUUUGGACUAGGGGGCAGUUUCCUCUUUGCUUCAGUUAUGACAGACAAGGCCAGUUUAAGGGCACUCCACGUGUCUAAGGAUAUGGGAGAGACCUGGAAUAUAGCACAGUUGCCUCACGUAACCACUGAGCAGUUCUACUCCAUUCUGGCUGCCAAUGACGACAUGGUGUUUAUGCACGUCGAUGAUCCUGGUGACACAGGCUAUGGUACCAUUUAUGCUUCAGAUGAUCGCGGAAUAGUGUAUUCUAAAUCCCUUGAGCGACACUUGUACACAGCGACAAGAGGCGAGACGGACUUCACAAAUAUUACCUCACUGCGUGGAGUAUAUGUUAGUAGCAUACUUGCAGAAGAUGGUUCUGUUCAGUCUGUCAUUACAUUUGAUAGAGGAGGGAAAUGGCAGCCGUUAAGAAAACCAGAAAACAGUGAUUGUGAUUCAACUGCCAAAAAUAAGGAUGAGUGUAGUCUGCACAUCCAUGCAUCCUACAGCAUUUCUCAGAAACUGAAUGUACCGAUGCCACCGCUGUCUGAACCCAAUGCUGUUGGUCUGAUCAUUGCACACGGCAGCGUGGGGGAUGCUAUCUCUGUAAUGAAUCCUGAUGUGUACGUGUCUGAUGAUGGUGGAUACUCUUGGUUUAAGGCUUUAAAGGGACCCCAUUAUUAUGCCAUCCUGGAUUCUGGAGGCUUGAUAGUUGCUGUGGAGUAUAACUUGUAUCAGCGUGUCAAUACCAUCAAGUUUUCAAUCGAUGAGGGACAGUGCUGGUAUUCAUAUAAAUUCACCAAAGACCCCAUUAUAUUUACUGGCCUUGCUUCGGAACCAGGAGCUAGAUCGAUGAAUGUCAGUGUCUGGGGAUAUGUGAACCUCAUACUUACACAAAGCUGGGUCUCAGUCACCAUCGACUUUGAAGAGCUCCUUACAAGAGACUGUUCUGAUGAUGACUACAUACAGUGGCUUGCCCAUUCGAGUAACGUUAAUGAUCCCAAUGAUGGCUGUAUGUUGGGCUACAAAGAGAAGUUCCGCCGCUUGAGGAAAUCAUCGCUGUGCCGGAAUGGACAUGGCUACAUCGUCAAUAAACAGCCCAAUGUCUGUCCCUGUACCCUGGAUGAUUAUCUGUGUGACUUUGGAUACUAUCGAAAGGAGAAUAGCUCAGAAUGUAUCGAGCAGUCUGAUCUCAAGGGCCACGACCUGGAGUUCUGUCUACAAGGGAAAAAAGAAAUACUGAAGACAAAUGGAUACCGAAAGAUUCCUGGAGACCAGUGUUAUGGAGGUGUCCAAGUGGAUCGCACUGUGAAGGAUAUCAGUAAAAAAUGUGUCAGUACUUUGAUUGAACCCCAGGAGCUGCUUGGUUCACACAGUACCAACUCUGUGCCAAUUAUUGCCACAGUAAUAGUACUUUUACUGAUCGUGGUAAUCUUUGGAGUGAUCUUUAUCAAGAAAUAUGUAUGCGGUGGACGAUUUUUGGUACAUCGGUACUCAGUCCUACAGCAGCACGUGGAGUCAAAUGCUGCAGAUGAACUAGACAAGGCAAUAUCUGCCAAUAAACCAGAGUACCAUGAUGACUCCGAUGAGGAUCUUCUGGAGUAGAGAAAACUAUUUUGAAGUUACAAGAUUCUGUUCUUGCCAAACAAACAUCACUUUAGUUCUGUAGAAAUGCUGCUGCCUCCGUUCGGAUGUUCUCGAAAAAUUAAACUCUGAUUCGACAGCAGGUGCAGGCGAUGUGAUACUUUUAUGAAUGUGGUGUAUCUAUAUCUACACUCAACGUGGGACAGCUGUCCUGGUUCACUGGAAUUGUGAGGAGAGAAGAGAAUUGGUGUUGACCAGAGAUGUCUUCAUUAAUGAAGGGGAAUCUUCUGUGAUUUUUUGAUUUUGAUUUCUUUUCAGAGCUUUUUAAAAUCUCCUUCUGGGUAUACAACACUCUAAUGGGCUUAUUUUUAUAUGAUCUGCCACUUUUGGGGAAAAAAAAGGCCUCACUAACGAACAUAAACUUUUUUUUUGUCUUGGGACUAGUAAUGUGACAAAUUAAAUUCACUGGGUGAAUUCAUAAAUAGUAAUAUAGCUUGGAGCCCCAUUGAAUCCACAAACCCAGUCAGAGUUCUACACCUAGGCUUCAAAAGUGGCAUUAACUUUAGCACAGUCCUUUUCGCAAAACUACUCAACAUGUUGCGCCACAUGUUUGGAUUAGUGGUCUUGGAAUUUCUUUCUCAUAACAAGCUUUUAAUUAGGAAAGUUAAACCCUGAAAAGCAACGAUCACAUAGGAACUCUGUUAUAGAGAUAUUGCUCUAUAUACUUGACAUUAGAGAUGCACAUAUUGAUAUAUGAAAACUAGUUCAGCAAUGUAUUAAAUCAGACAUACUGUUUUAAUUUACCAUUUGAAAGUGUUAUACUUAAAUCAUGAAGAAGUAAUUAAUGAGAGCAUUCACAUUUAGAGUCAAUCCUAAUCAAUUGUCAAUUGUACUUUAAUUUUAAAUUAAAAUUGAAUGCUUGUGUCCUAACCUGCUGCACUUUUUUUUCCCUGUUUCUUUCAUUGCUGGUGAAUAUAUUUUUAAAGAGGUAUUCAAUAACCUCAGAGCAACACACACACGCGCGCGCGCACAGGAAAUGGCGCAGGUCAGGCAGCAUCUAUGGAGGGGAAAAACCAGUCGAUGUUUUGGGCCGAGCCCCUUCAUCAGGACUGGAAAGGAAGGAGGGAUAAGCCAGAGGAAGAACGGGGGCGCAGGAGGAGGAGUAUAAACUGGCAGGUGAUAGGUGAGGGGGGGAAGUGGGGUGAAGUAAGAAGCUGGGAGGUGAUAGGUGGAAGAGGUGAAGGGCUGAAGAAGGAGGAAUCUGAUAGGAGAGGACAGUAGGCCAUGGGAGAAAGGGGUGGAGGAGAGAAACCGGAUGGACAUGAUGGGCAGGUGAGGAGAAGAGAAGGAGUGAGAGGCGAACCAGAAUGGGAGUGGAAAAAGAAGAGAGAAAUGGGGAUGAAAGGAGAAUUCAAUAAAUCGAAUAAUAUCUGAUUCAUGGCCCGAGCGCCUCUCUGACAAUCCACUAAGAGUAUGAAUCUUUCCAGCUGACAUUUGUCUUUACAUGGUUCAGUGCUAAAUUGGAGAGCCAUGUAAAAUUGUUGUGCCUUUUCACUUCUAGUGUGUUAUCUCAGUGCUAUUUAUUUUGAAGAAGUCGCAAGUUAAUUGAGUAUAUACAUUAAUUUGGGAAAACUCUUCUGGGAAUACUCUACAGCUGUUAAUUUAUUUGUUAACAAUAUUCUACACUUACACCUCUUGAAUUCGAAAAGCUUUAAUAACGAAUCAGUUUCUUGCUUUUGAAGAUGAUAUUGAAUUGUUCUUUGCUUUAUGCUGCCCAUGUACAUUGUGAAUGGGAAGAAUGGAAAUGUCUCUCUGUGAACCGAUGUCGCAGUAUACCUACCCAUAAACUCCCUCAAGCAAGCAAAUGCUCUGAUUGUGCAUGCAGUUUAUGAGGUGACGGAGGCUCUGAAACUUCAGUACUGUGAUUUUAGAAGGGGCUUUCCACCUUACGCAUUUAUUCAUGGCUAUAUUUGUUACUUUUGUCUGUGUAGGGAAAUGUGAUGAUUUACUGCUGUCCAAUAUAAGCAUCACUGUAUGAUUCAAACUUUGAAUAUUCUUCUACUGGAUUUUGACCUAUGCAAGCUUCAUCAUAUUAUUGUUAUGCUUUGCACAUUGGGUUUUGUGCAUAAUUUUGCUGCAUGUAUCUUCCCAUAAUCUUUGUUUCAACUUUAUAUUCUGUCAGUGAGCAAAAUUCUGGCCCUCCAGAACCAUGGUAUUAAAUGUAUGCUUAUGAUGUGAGCAAUCUUG